GCGGAGCGCGGAUCCACGGAGCGCGCGGGCCAGCCACUGCGCGCGCACUGCUCACUUGGAGAGAAAGGAGAGAGAAAAGAAAAAAGAAAAGAAAAGGAAAGGAAAGAGGCGAAAGAGAGAGGAGAGGAAACGGGGGAAACUCGCAGCGGGUUGUGUUUUACAAGAAGAAAAGGAAGAAGAGGGGAAAGACGGAGCCGCUCGCUCGGCUCGACGCGCGUUCACCACCAGCGCCGGCUGAUUUUUCUAAAGUCUUUAUUUUGUCCUCCUGCAAACCGCGAGCGGAUGUGAGACUCUCGCAUACACUCUCUCUCGCACGCACGCACACACACGCACACACACUCAGUCACACUCUGCGUUUCAGCACCACCGGCGAGAGGCACCCCCGCGCGCGCUCCGACUCGCGCGCCCGCCCGCCGCCCCGCUGCCCCGGUCCUCCUCGUGCCCCCGCAGCAGAAGAGGAGCGCGCCGAGCCCCCCGGGACCUGGUCGAUCACUGAUGAUUGAUGGUUGACGGUUGAUGUUCCUCCUGAAAUGGACGUGAGGCUGUACCCCCCUCCUCCUCCUCCUCGCGCAGCGCAGCCCGCAGCGGCCGCGGACCCCCCCUGCGUGGGACCCCCGCACUGCUUCGAGCCCUACUACUGCAAGCUCGACAGUGACAACAUGUACAUGAGCAUGUCAGAGACGAGCCAGGACUUUCCGCCAGCGGGCCAGUUCCGUGUUCCAGAGAGUGCCAGCCAGCCACAGCCGAACACGAAACAGACAGGAGCUCCCUGGAAAAGAGACGUGCCCCCCAACGUGGACUGUCCUCGGCUUUCCUGGUCGUACCCGGUGCCCAGCCUUGGUGAUGAAGACUUCAACAUCCCGCCCAUAACCCCACCGACCCUGCCGGAGCACGCCAUGGUGCACAUGCCCGACGGGGACGCCGCAGCGUACCACCCGCUGUGCCCGCCCCUUUCCCAAAACGGACUGCAUCCCUUCCACCCCUCGAACAUGGAGCUGCCGGCCAUCACCGUGUCCAACAUCCUGGGGCAGGAUGGAGCACUGCUCUCAAACUCCUUAUCCAUGAUGCAGGAGAUGGCGAACUCCGACUCGUCCCGAUACGGCAGCCGCCCGCAGAUGGAGGCCUUGAGGCCUAGAAUCCAGUCGGUGAUGAUGCAGCCCGGUCAGCUGUCCACCAUCAACCAGUCGCAGCUCGGCGCUCAGCUCGGCCUGAGCGGGAACGGCGUGCCCCACAAUUCCCCGUCGCCGCCGGGAAGCAAGUCGGCGACCCCGUCGCCGUCCAGCUCGGUGCACGAAGACGAAACGGACGAAUCGUUGAAGGCAAACGGAGCGGAGAAGAGGCCGGCCGCAGACGCGGCGAAAAAACCCAAGACGCCCAAGAAGAAGAAGAAGAAGGACCCCAACGAGCCGCAGAAGCCCGUGUCCGCCUACGCGCUCUUCUUCCGCGACACGCAGGCCGCCAUCAAGGGGCAGAACCCCAACGCCACCUUUGGCGAAGUUUCCAAAAUCGUGGCCUCCAUGUGGGACGGCCUGGGUGAAGAACAGAAACAGUUGUACAAGAAGAAAACCGAAGCUGCCAAGAAGGAGUACCUGAAACAGCUGGCUGCAUACAGAGCGAGUCUCGUUUCCAAGAGCUACAGCGAGCCUGCGGAGGCGAAGACGAGCCAGGCCUCUCAGAUGUUGGGCCCCAAACCGCCGCUGUUCUCAGGUUCGACGCAGCCUCACCCGGGGCUUUACAUGGGGCAUCCGUACCACCCGCAGGCAGCCCUCCACCAAGCUCUGCCACGAAGCAUCGCCCCCAAGCCCGGCGCGCCCAUGCCCCCGGCAGUCACCAUGGCGGGCAUGGCGGCAUCAUCGCCCCCGCCGGCUCCGCCGCCUCCACCGCAGCUCCAGAUCAGCCCUCCGCUGCGACAGCACCGCGGGCUCCCGCCGCAGCACGCGCCCCUCGCCAUGCAACCGCAGCAGCAACUUGCUGGACAUCAGAUGGGACUGCACUCGCCGUCCAUGCCGCAGGGUUUUCCUCUCCAGGCCGAGUUCCAGAACAUCCUGAACUGCGCGGGCCCCGGGGGCCAGGCCCUGUCCCCGGCGAUGGACUACGUGCGUUCGGGUUGCCGGAACCCCCCCGCGCAGGGCGUGGAGUGGAGCGGCGAAUACUGCGGCAACGGGAGCCUCCAGAGAGACAAAGCGCUGUACCUCACCUGAUGGGGAGCAGAGCGAUCGUUCCUCGUGUCACAGAGCCUCUGGAAACCUCCAUCGCCUCGACUGUUCGCGUCUUCAUCUCAACGCAGAUCUGCUCGCCGAGCACUUAUGACUCUUUAAUGUACAGCUGAACGUUUUGAGGACGGCCACGAAUGGAGAAAGAAAAAGAUAAAAAAAAAAUAAAAAAUAAAAAAAAACAACAAA